AUGAACUUCCUAGAAAAUAUUACACUCCGACGUACUGGUCGUACUCGCACAAAAUCAGACUCGCAAAGCAAUUUAAGUCAACACGAUAACGAAUUACUAACACAAAUAAUGGACGACACGGCUACUAGUGUCCCUGAUAUGAGUAAGGAUGAUUCGUAUGAUCAAGAAUUAAUAACAAAUUUAAAGAAACAAGUAGAGAAAUUGACUCUUCAAUUAAGUAGUGCAGAGGAAGAAAUUGAUAAUCUUACAUUAGAAAACAACAAUCUAAAACAGUCAAACGAGGAGCUUCAAAAGAUUAAUAUACUUUACAAAAAAAUUACCAACAGCCCUGCAAAGAAAUCUAAGAAAAAAAUAGACGAAACGUCACAAAGCAAGCAAACACAAACAAAGCAACUAAAGAUUACUGAAAAAAAGACAUUCAAAAAUAAGGGCACGCAAACUGUGGUGAAAACACAUGCUACUCAAGAAAAGACUGUAAAAGAGGUGGAACAUGUAUCCUUGUGA